GGUCUUUAUGAAAUUCAUUGUCUAACUUUUUUCCCAAUUUUGUGUUGUCUCUUCAUCUGUUUUGCUUCGGUAGACAAGCUGCUGAGCCAAAAGGACGUGGUGUUGCCCGGAAUAAAGUUGUCCAAAGAACGGUAGUGGCAUUUGGCAGUUCAAAAUGGAAUACAAGAAAACACGGAGGUAUCUCCCGAAGACGUUUUUCAGACUGAUAACACUUCAGAGUGGGCUUGAGCUUAUUCUGCUGUAUACUGCCAUCAAUAAGAUGUCUGGAGUAUUCGGCCUACUUUCUCUCUUCACCAACCACAAAAUCAAUUUCAUGCAAUGGACAUAUUAUGUUCUGAAUACGUUAGUAUUGAUUAUUACCGUAAUGUGUUAUCUUCAUAUCAAAAAACUUACUACUGCAGCGUUAGCAAACAUUUCUUUGAAUACGGAUUCAAACUUACCUACAAUCAAGAUACUGGCAUUUUUUGUUCUGGUGUACAUUACUGAUUUUUUUAUUGGUAAUAUAUUCAUGGUCUAUUUGACCAAAAUGUGGUUUAUGGAAGAAUACGCCUCUUCACAAACCGCCGCAGGUUCAACGUCCACGGUGACAAAAUCUGCACGCUUGAUCAAAAGAGUUUCGAACGUUUUGUCCGAGCAAAGUGCAAGUGAGGUCUAUGAGGUCUUUGUUUCGGUGGUGACAGUCGUUGUCUCCGAAAUCAUACGCAUAUACUUUAUUUCGAUAGCAUUGAGCUACUAUCUACGCCUGCGCAGACGUAUUAGCCGCCCCUGUUCGGGAUUUGGUACAUACUUUGUCGACUUCCUUGAUAAGCUUAAUUAGUUAAGGCUACUAAGUUUCAUGAUACGUAUGUUAUAAAUUCCCCUUUUUGUAUCUCUUAGAUUCGAGAUAAAAAAGUAUUAAAAUCCAAAAAUUGUUACCGUAAACAGUAAGCUAAGCUCAAAAGAAUGAAUUUUU